GCCCUCGCAGGGCUGGCCCGCGGGUGGGAGGGGCGAGAAGGAAGAGGCAGGGGGUGGGGGAAGAGGGAGCACCAGGAAUAGCGCCUGCGCGGUGGGCGUGAUCCGGGCACUUAGGGCAGGAUGAACGCUGCUUUCCAAGAUGGCGACGGAGGGAGGAGGGAAGGAGAUGAACGAGAUUAAGACCCAAUUCACCACCCGGGAAGGUCUGUACAAGCUGCUGCCGCACUCGGAGUACAGCCGGCCCAACCGGGUGCCCUUCAACUCGCAGGGAUCCAACCCUGUCCGCGUCUCCUUCGUAAACCUCAACGACCAGUCUGGCAACGGCGACCGCCUCUGCUUCAAUGUGGGCCGGGAGCUGUACUUCUAUAUCUACAAGGGGGUCCGCAAGGCUGCUGACUUGAGUAAACCAAUAGAUAAAAGGAUAUACAAAGGAACACAGCCUACUUGUCAUGACUUCAACCACCUAACAGCCACAGCAGAAAGUGUCUCUCUCCUAGUGGGCUUUUCCGCAGGCCAAGUCCAGCUUAUAGACCCAAUCAAAAAAGAAACUAGCAAACUUUUUAAUGAGGAAAACUCUUGUCAGCACUUGUGGAAGGUGGAUUGGAAUGAAGAAAGACAGAAUGAAGGUAGCAAGACCAGUGAGGAGGCUCUAGUAACUGUCCAGAGACUAAUAGACAAGUCACGAGUUACCUGUGUCAAAUGGGUUCCCGGUUCGGAAAGCCUUUUCCUAGUAGCCCACUCGAGUGGGAACAUGUACUUAUAUAAUGUGGAGCACACUUGUGGCACCACAGCCCCCCACUACCAGCUUCUGAAGCAGGGAGAGAGCUUUGCCGUGCACACUUGCAAGAGCAAAUCCACCAGGAACCCUCUGCUUAAGUGGACGGUGGGCGAGGGGGCCCUCAACGAGUUUGCUUUCUCCCCAGAUGGCAAGUUCUUAGCGUGCGUGAGCCAGGACGGGUUUCUGCGGGUGUUCAACUUUGACUCAGUGGAGCUGCACGGUACGAUGAAAAGCUACUUUGGGGGCUUGCUGUGUGUGUGCUGGAGCCCGGAUGGCAAGUACAUCGUGACAGGUGGCGAGGACGACUUGGUGACAGUCUGGUCCUUUGUAGACUGCCGAGUAAUAGCCAGAGGCCACGGGCACAAGUCCUGGGUCAGUGUUGUAGCGUUUGACCCUUAUACCACUAGUGUAGAAGAAGGUGACCCUAUGGAGUUUAGUGGCAGCGAUGAGGACUUCCAAGACCUUCUUCAUUUUGGCAGAGAUCGAGCAAAUAGCACACAGUCCAGGCUCUCCAAACGGAACUCUACAGACAGCCGCCCCGUAAGUGUCACGUAUCGGUUUGGUUCCGUGGGCCAGGACACACAGCUCUGUUUAUGGGACCUUACAGAAGAUAUCCUUUUCCCUCACCAACCCCUCUCAAGAGCAAGGACACACACAAAUGUCAUGAAUGCCACGAGUCCUCCUGCUGGAAGCAAUGGGAACAGUGUUACAACACCCGGGAACUCUGUGCCCCCUCCUCUGCCACGGUCCAACAGCCUUCCACAUUCAGCAGUCUCAAAUGCUGGCAGCAAAAGCAGUGUCAUGGACGGGGCCAUUGCUUCUGGGGUCAGCAAAUUUGCAACACUUUCACUACAUGACCGGAAGGAGAGGCACCACGAGAAAGAUCACAAGCGAAAUCAUAGCAUGGGACACAUUUCUAGCAAGAGCAGUGACAAACUGAAUCUAGUUACCAAAACCAAAACGGACCCUGCUAAAACUCUGGGAACGCCCCUGUGUCCUCGAAUGGAAGAUGUUCCCUUGUUAGAGCCGCUGAUAUGUAAAAAGAUAGCACAUGAGAGACUGACUGUACUAAUAUUUCUUGAAGACUGUAUAGUCACUGCUUGUCAGGAGGGAUUUAUUUGCACAUGGGGAAGGCCUGGUAAAGUGCCGGCAGAGCACUUCUGCAGGCAGGAGGACAGGAUGCAAGGUGUUCUCCAAGACCAGAACUAAAGGUGCCCAACAGCUUGAGAAGAGGGCACUGGAGAGAGGGGCAGGGAAGCGCCCUUCUCCUCGGCUGUGCUUCUGAGUAAUGGCUCCCGCAGACCUGGGGAGGGCCUGGGGAGGGGUGGCCACGGUGGUUCCUGAUAUCAGGUGUGUAAGGUGCAAUGCGUGCUGCUAACCCUAGGAGAAAUUUGGGGAAAAUAUUUGUAGUUUUCUCGCCAAACUUUGAGCUUCCUCAUUGAAAUUUUUCAGUCUUUCAGCCUAAACGUUAUUAUGAGCAAGAAUAUCUUUUCUAACCUAAUCUGUGGAAUAAAACACAGCAUUUGGCAAGAAGAGGCUGUUAAAUACUCAGUCAGCAUCACUGUUCCAGCGUGUACCAAACCACAGAGAUGAAAGGCUCAGACGAAAGUCAGGUGCACGCUGCUUGGCUGGAGAAUCCCGCUCCCACCCGGCAAGGGGGCGAGCUGGUCCCUGGGCGGUGUCAGACGCCUUCUGAAGGUGCCAGGCCAGGGCCAGGGGAGCUUCAACUCGCCCUCCUUGGGUUGGCCUUUUUCACCAGAAUUCAAGAAGCCAGAUUUGUGCUGUGACUGCGAUGGGGCAGGCUUCUAAACACUACUGGUGGCCCUGGAGCCUUUCUCUGGGGCUUUUUUCUUAUUCAGAAGGGGAAUUAAAAAUUCCCCCAGAGGCCUGGAGAAGGGAACCUUUGGAAAAGCUUGCCUGCUUUUAAAAGCAAAUGCAUGUGCAGGAGUAGACACUUUACAAAUAACCAGUAGCCUUGGGGUCGAAAUUUGCUUAAAUCAUGGUAAAGGAUCUCAUUUCUCUUUUGUGCUGAUUGAACCUUCUAGCAGUUUGGAAGUGUUUUCCUGUGAACCCUUAGCUGGGGACUGAGGGUAAAUGCCUUAAAAAUGGAGGCAUGGAAAAUCAGAAAGGAGCUAUCACAAUCAUUCUUUUCUCAAAGGCGUUCAGGAAUUCUGAGGAAGAAAUGCAGUGACAGGAUGGGAUUUUAGGGGCAAGGACACUGUCCGGGCGGGGCCCAGGGCUCUCCACUGGCUGACUUCACCCCCAGGGCCUAGCUGGCACAUGGCCAGGCAGCCAUUUCUCCCCAGUUCCUCCACUUCCUGGGGUUCAUUUUAAAUAAUAAAUUGUAAAGUAUGAAAUGAGUGCUGAAGUUGCCUGCGUACAAGGUCCUCAUCACCUCUCGCCUGGGAGACGUUUUCUUUCUUUGUUGAGCGAGCUCAAAGUGUGAGGCGGAGAAAACCUAGGGGUUGGGGGCGGCUGGAGAAGGGAUCCACGGAAACCCAAGCGCCACAUCAUGCGUGUCUGACUGCCCACGGGAGAACUUGAAGCAGUUCACCAGUGGAUUUUCUGGGGAACGAUUCAUGGAACACAGCGUCUGGCGUCCAGCUUUGUGGGUGAGGGCAUGGCGGGGGAUCCGGCGGCCCUGCCCUGCCUCCGGUGCCGGUGGAUCGGGGAGGGACUGGCCUCUGACUGCGGGGUUGCACCAUGGCGGCGGUCGGUGUGCCCUUGGCUGAGGUUUCGUUCCUUAGCAGUGAGAACCUCCACAUGCGUGGGUAGGGGUCGGGUGACCUGGAGACGCCUCCUCCGGUCUGGUCUGGGUGACAAAGGUGAAGGUUUAUAGUCUACCACCCUGGCAGCAGCCUGCAGGGUCCCCCCUUGUCUGGAGCACACCCUUCGCCACGGGCUGAUUGGGGCUGUCGUGUGUUGCUUUAAGUUAACAAGGUGCACAUCACAGCGACCCCAAGUGAUGUCCCAAAGGGAGGAGACAUUAGUCUGGCCGAAGUGAAGUCUGUGGCUUUAUAUGUAAAAGCACUCGUUUGCAACCGUUACCUUUGAAACUCAGAUCCUAGUUAGGAACUAUAAGAACGUGCCCCUCCAGUAGAGGGAGACUGUCUCACUGAUGUUGAUUUCUUUAUUCAUUUCCGCAUCUGUUACACGAACUUUGUGUCAUAAAUUGCUAUCCUUUCAUUUGAAAGUGUAAAAAAUUUCCUGCAUUUUUAUCAUUUCUGUAUACUUGAGUUUAUUAAAGAUUGUUAUGUUAGGCGACACUGUAUAAAAUUGUAUGGAUAUUUUGAGUGAAAAUCAAAAGUAAAAUUCACAUGUAUUUCCUUUUUUAUAUUUUCAUCCAAUUUCUUGACAACUUGAAUAAAUUUCAUAAAGAGCCUUCCUAA